UCAUAACUCCUUACGUCAUCUGAAGCCACCGGAAGAGCGAGUUAUCUGUCCCCGCCCCGGCAACUCAGUCAGUCCGACCUGAAGAGAAGGCGAGUCUACGGCUAAAAAUACAAUAGCUAACACAAGAUGGCCGGUUUGCCUCGUAGGAUUAUAAAGGAGACACAGCGAUUGAUGGCGGAGCCUGUUCCAGGGAUCACGGCUACGCCUGACGAAGGGAAUGCACGUUACUUCCAUGUGGUCAUUGCAGGGCCUCAAGACUCUCCCUUUGAAGGAGGCACAUUUAAACUUGAACUAUUUCUUCCAGAAGAGUAUCCCAUGGCAGCUCCCAAAGUGCGAUUCAUGACCAAAAUCUACCACCCCAAUGUCGACAAACUGGGAAGAAUAUGUUUAGACAUUUUGAAAGAUAAGUGGUCUCCAGCCCUGCAGAUCCGCACAGUGUUGCUAUCCAUCCAGGCAUUAUUAAGCGCUCCCAAUCCAGAUGAUCCCCUGGCAAACGAUGUCGCAGAGCAGUGGAAAAAAAAUGAAAGCCAUGCCAUUGAGACAGCCCGAACAUGGACCAGGCUCUACGCGGGAAACACUGAAGUAUAGAAGAAGAGCGACGAGGCGUCUGAAUGUGAUCCACAAAAUGUACUCCUGUUCUGUCAACAUUUGAAUUUAACGGACACAAAAAAAGAGAAAAAAAUGAUUAAGUCCAAAUCUAUUUGAAAGAAAUGACAAGAUUUACUGCUGCAGACCUCUGAGUGACUUAUUUUCCUCUCUAAGACGCGUUAAAUGUGUGUUAGCCUUUUGUUUUUCCUGUGUUGCUAUUUAAGUGCAUGGACAGAGAAUGACACCCUCCCCACCACAGUCUUAAAAAGAACAUGCAAUAUGUUGUCUUGAACUAGGCAAAUACUGGUACGUUUGCAAAAUAUACACCCAUUAAAGCUGUCCUUCUUUUAACACAUGCAUCAUUUGUCAACACAUCUGUAUGUCUUUUUGUGAGAUGACAUGUUAUUUUCAACAUAUAGAAGUAGCGUAGAGCUCUGUGCUUCACCUGCUGCCGCUAGUACGAAUCUGACAAGUCUGAACCUAAAGGAUGAAAUUUCUCUCUAGUUGUUUUAGUGACUAUCAUGAGCUUUUAGGGAAUGAGCCAGUAGAUUUGUCAAAUCCUUCCCAACGUUGACUAUUAGCUGGUCAACUACUGUAGAUGAGCAUUAUAACAAUAUGAGAUUUUAUUUAAUAAAAUACAUGUAGCCUCAAACCUGACAACACGCUAACAUCAGCAGAAAUAAAGUGAAAUUUGAAAAGAUCUACAAUCAGAAACUUGCUGAAUUGGAGGUGGAUGUUCUGAUCUACUUCUACUGUCCUAUAUGAAGCUCUGAAGGUUGUUGUAUGUUUCAUUACUGCUGCUUCUUCACCGGAUAGGUAAUGCAUAUUACCUUCACUUAGUUGAGAAUAUGCCUCACUAGUCAUGAGUUGUGAUUUUCUCUGUAAGUAUGAAAUAUUGCCACAUGUUGAAAAUUUCUGGGAAUCACAGGAUUUCACAUCUGUACCAAUUGGAGUAAUAGCUAAGUGUUUGGACGGUUAGGGGAGGGUGAACAAAUCACUUCCACGCGCUUAAAAAGACAACUGUUCCCAACACAUCCAGAGGAGCAGCAGCUGAGACAGAUGUGUUGCAAACAUUUUUUAAGAGCGUGGAAAGCUAAACUUUUGGUUUUUAAAUGUGCUUCUUUUAGCGUCUGUUCAUGCUCUGUAUGUCGUCUGUUCUGUUUUAUUUUCAGUGUUACUUAAUUUUAAUGAAAGGGCAAGUCUCAUAAGUAGACUGACACCGCCACGGUUCAGACCAGUCGCCAUCACGGGAGUCUGUGACACUUGGUGUUUGAGGCUUUUUUUUAUGUCCAAGUUUCUUUUCACCUGGAGUUUUCUCAAGUCGGUGUUACCUGCUUCUGCUCUUUCUAUGAUACAGAUCUGUGAUGAAUAUGCAAGUGAAUAUCGGUGAUUAUUGAGGGAUUUUUGGGUUAUUGCAGUAGCAAGUGAUAUUACAAAUAAAAAUUGCUCAACGCUAACGCUUCUUAUGACGCUAUUACACUUAUUUUGUUGGCCAGACACCAGGAGUCAUGGUGCACAGGGAGGCGUGAACCUCCCUUCUUAAGGAUACUGUAUGAUGGGAUAGAGGGAUCAGCGUCCACUAGCCUAGACGUCCAUCAUCUGCUUCUGUGCGGCUCAUCUUAGAGAGGACUGUAACGUUAUGUUGUAGUGAAGUUAUAUUUGUUGAGAGACUUUUUUUUCAAUCUCUCUUCUGGCUCUUUAUUGGAUUAUUGCUGACUCGCUGUAGCUUAGACCCAUUUGUGUCCUGUGCCCACUCAGACAUAUAGUACCUGUUUCUAACCGCUGCAUUUACUCAAGUCUGGAAGAUGGAUGAGAACUGGGUUCAUUUACUGUUUCCCCAAAGGACGCGACCGUUAUCGAAGCAAGCAGUCAUCCUCACUGGAUAGUCAAAUGGUCUAGAUCAACAUACUGACGGAUCAAACUCUGAAUGAUCAAGUCUCUAUGUCAUAAAAAUAUGAAUUCGGUAAUUUCAAGUACAUUUGCAUACAUGGCUCUUCAAAUACUCUGUAAAUAAACUCAGUUGAGUAAGUAA